AUGGCUGAAGACACAGAAGAAAUUCCACUACUUGAACUUGAAGCAGUCAUUGGGUUUAAUGGGCGUAUCAUUUCCGGUCUGGCAGUACACCCUGAUGAAGAGCACUUAAUUUAUCCCCUGGGGUCCACGCUUAUUCUGAGGAACAUCCAAACGAGCACUCAGUCGUUCUUGCAAGGGCACACCAGCAAGGUCUCCUGUGUUGCUGUCUCCAGAAGUGGACGAUAUGUUGCUUCCGGACAGGAGACCUUCCUUGGCUUCAAGGCCGAUGUCAUAAUCUGGGAUCAUGCCAGCAAGGAGAUUUACGGCAAGCUGCAGCUCCACAAAGCCAAGGUGGAGGACCUGGCCUUCUCCCCCAAUGACAAGUAUCUGGUGACCCUGGGGGGCCAGGAUGAUGGCAGCAUUGUCGUGUGGAGCGUAGAGAAGCGAGAAGCUGUGUGCGGGAGUCCAGCCGUCGCACACUGUGGCCUCCUGUGCCUCAGAGCGCGGUUUUCCAACCUGAGUGACAACAUCGUUUUGUCUGCAGGGAAUGGCACAAUCCGCGUCUGGGACCUUGAUAUGAACAGCAGAAAGAUCCGCCCCACAGAGUGCCAGAUAGGACAGCUCAGGAGGAUAGUGAUAUGCAUUGAGGUCUCGGAAGACGACAGCUUCUUCUACUGCGGCACCACAAGCGGAGAUAUCCUGAAAAUCAACCUCAGCACCAGGCUGCUCAACUGCUAUGGGCCCUUGAAGCAGAAGUUCAGCAAGGGGGUGAAUGAUCUGAAGAUGCUGAAAACAGGGGAGAUUCUGGUGGGCUCUGGAGAUGGACUGAUCUCCCUGUGUAAAGAGUCCAACUUCAAAGCGCUUAUGACGUUGCAGCUGGAGGGAGGUGUUACGUCCCUCGCUCUGCAAGGAAACCAGCUGUUUGCGGGGACGGACGCGGCACAGAUCUACCGCAUCAACAAUGACUUCAAAGAGGAGCUCAUCUCCACGAGCCACAGCAACCCUGUGAACUGCGUGGCCUUCCCCUUUGGCACCUCUGAACUCUUCGCUACCUCCUCCAAGAAUGACAUCAGAGUGUGGCACACAGUCACCUCCAAGGAGCUGCUGCGCAUCACUGUGCCCAAUCUGACGUGCAAUGUGGUGGCCUUCAUGGCCGAUGGCCGCUGCAUCAUCAGCGCCUGGUGUGACGGGCAGAUCCGAGGCUUUACUCCUGAGACUGGCAAACUGAUGUUCAUCAUUGACAAUGUCCACAAUUUGGGUGUGACCGCCAUGGCUGCCGCCAAAGACUGCAGGACGAUCGUCAGUGGGGGUGGAGAGGGGCAGGUGCGGGUGUGGGAGGUGGUGCCGGGCUCCCACCGCCUCCUGGAGGCCAUGAAGGAGCACAAGGCCGCCGUCAAUCUCAUCACGAUGAAGAGCGACGACAAGGAGUGCGUUUCAGCCAGCGCGGACGGGGCCUGCAUCAUCUGGGACCUGGUUUCAUUUGCGAGGAAGCAGAUGGUCUUGGGCAACACUAUGUUCAGAUGUGUCUGCUACCACCCCGAGGGCUUCCAUAUCAUCACCAGCGGAACGGACAGGAAGAUCGCCUACUGGGAAGUGUUGGACGGAGCACCUGUGAGGGAACUGGAGGGCUCUCUAUUGGGAUCCAUCAAUGGCAUGGACAUCUCAGCUGACGGAGAGUACAUAGUCACAGGCGGGGACGAGAAGCUGGUGAAAGUGUGGGGCUACACCUCGGGCGAGGUGACGCACGCAGGCGUCGGCCACAGCGGGAACAUCUCCAGUGUCCGGAUCUGCCCCAGCAGCCGGUUCGUUGUGACCACCAGUGCGGACGGAGCCGUGCUCAGGUGGAGGUUCCCACACCUGCCGCGGCCUGACAGCGAGUGA